UUUUUAUUUAUUUUAUUUGAGAGGUAGAAUUACAGACAGUGAGAGGGGGAGACAGCGAGAAAGGUCUUCCAUUCACUGGUUCACUCCCCAAAUGGCUGCAGCGGCCAGAGCUGUGCCACUCUGAAGCCAGGAGCCAGGAGUUUCUUCCCGAUCUCCCACGUGGGUGCAGGGACCCAAGGACUUGGGCCAUCUUCUACUGCUUUCUAAGCCUAUAGCAGAAUGCUGGACUGGAAGAGAUCAGCCAGGACUAGAACCAGCGUCCAUAUAGAAUGCCGGUGCUGCAGGCAGAGGAUUAACCCACUGUGCCAUGGUGCCGCCACUCAUUUCUUUCUCUUAAAAUGAGUCUACAUUUUUAAUUUGUGCAACAUGUGCCCCAUGAUGAUUUUGCUGCUGCAUUCUUUGGUCUCACUGGACCGCGCCCUGGGAGGAAGCAAGGCUUAAAAUCUGAUGAAGUCCGUCUGCUCCUUCUGUCGUCGCUCAUCCUCUAGGUGUGACGUCUGAGGAUCCACAGCCACACUCAAGAUCAGGAAGCCUCCGGCCGGACCCGCCCAGACGUACUGACCCCGCCCCCUCCGCGCUCCGCCCCCUCCCAGAAAGGCCGCGGCGGCGCCUGUAGCCUGAGCCAGUGCAGCAUGGCCGCGUCCUCGCAGCUGCGCGAUUGCCAGGCCUGGAAGGAUGCCGGGCUGCCGCUCUCCACCACAAGCAACGAAGCCUGCAAGCUGUUUGAUGCCACUCUGACGCAGUAUGUAACGUGGACCAAUGACAAGAGUCUUGGCGGCAUCGAGGGCUGCCUGGCGCGGCUCAGAGCAGCAGAUCCGAACUUCGCUAUGGGCCAUGCCAUCUCUGCUGGCCUCAGGCUGAUUGGCACCGGAAGCUCCAGGCAGCUGGACAAAGAGCUGGACCUGGCCGUGAAGACCAUGGUGGACGUGUCGAAAGCGCAGGCCCUGACCCAGCGGGAGCAGCUGCACGUGUCUGCCGUGGAGACAUUUGCCAACGGGAACUUCCCGAAGGCCUGUGCCCUAUGGGAACAGAUUCUCCAGGACCACCCGACGGAUAUGUUGGCCCUAAAAUUCUCCCAUGAUACCUAUUUUUACCUGGGCUACCAAGAUCAGAUGCGAGAUUCCGUUGCUCGAAUUUACCCCUUCUGGUCACCAGAUGUCCCCCUGAGCAGCUAUGUGAAAGGCAUCUAUUCUUUUGGACUGAUGGAAACCAACUUCUAUGAUCGGGCGGAAAAGCUUGCCAAAGAGGCUCUGUCUAUCACCCCGACGGAUGCGUGGUCAGUGCAUACCAUCGCCCAUGUCCACGAGAUGAGAGCAGAGGUGCAGCAGGGUCUGGAGUUCAUGCAGCACUCAGAGGCUCACUGGAAGGACUCAGACAUGCUUGCGUGUCAUAAUUACUGGCACUGGGCUUUAUUCCUGAUUGAAAAGGGCGACUACGAGGCGGCACUGACGAUCUACGACACCCACAUCCUGCCAAGCCUGCAGGCCAGCGGCACAAUGCUGGACGUGGUGGACACCUGCUCCAUGCUCUACCGCCUUCAGAUGGAAGGAGUGUCCGUGGGCCGGCGCUGGCAGGAUGUCCUGCCUGUGACCAAGAAGCACACGCGUGAUCACGUCCUGCUGUUCAAUGACGUGCACUUCCUGAUGGCCUCGUUGGGUGCACGGGAUGCCCAGACCACGCAGGAACUGCUGACCACCCUGCAGGAGGCCAGCAAGUCCCCGGGAGAGAACUGUCAGCACCUCUUGGCCCGAGACGUGGGGCUGCCCUUGUGCCAGGCCAUGGUGGAGGCGGAGGCCGGGAAUCCCGACCGUGCUCUCGAACUGCUUCUGCCCAUCCGCUACCGGAUCGUCCAGAUCGGAGGCAGCAAUGCCCAGAGAGAUGUCUUCAACCAGAUACUGAUUCACGCGGCCCUGAACUGCACUUCCAGCAAGCACAAGAACGUGGCCCGAAGAACCCACCCUCAGACCCAUUCACGUCUCAGAGACCCUGCUCCCAACACUGACCCCUUGGGGAUGUGGGCUUCACCAUGGGAGUUCUGGAGGGACUCAGCGGAGUCUUCGCCUCCAGCCUGGGUUUCCCAACACCUCCUGUUCUGCUGCUGCUGUUCCUGGGUCAAUGUCAGGAGCCUUCUGAUGGAGCGGGACGCCCUGAAGCCCAACUCGCCCCUGACCGAGCGGCUCAUCCGCAAGGCCACCGCCGCGCACCUCAUGCAGUGAGCGCGCCCGGCCACCUCGGCCUGCAGGACCUCCGCAGGGGGCUGGCCAGCCUCAGCCCAGCUGCCCUCUGGGCUGAGCUUAGGAAACACCUGCUGUAAGCCCGCAGUUCUACAGGAGGACACAGAUCUCAAAUGCGAUUCAGAAUCUUAGGGCCAGCAUGCAUUGUUAAGCAGUCAGAACCAAUGGGUGCUGCUGUGUUCUACUUGCCUGCAACUAGGUUUUCUUAGGGCUUGCUUUUGCUCCUGCUUCAGGGUUGCUCCAGCUUGGGAGGAAGGGCAGAGGUAGGGUGGGCUCUGCGGGGGAGCAGUCUCCCAAACACAGGUCCUGUCCACGGCCUCCUCCUGCUCCCCCCACCACCUCUCCCUGAGAACUCCUUGGGUUCCAUCUUCCUGGUGCUCUGGACAGACUCUGUUGUCACAGCCGCAGAGGCCUGCCUGUCCUGGCUGCCUCCCUGCCUUUGGCCUCAGGCCCUGCUGGCUGCACCCACUGCCUCCUGCCCAGCUCUGCAGGGACGACCUGGAGGCCCCAGGGUGGAUUCGGCGGUGCUGACUGGAGCUCAUUCCUCUAUUUCAACUGUCAUCGGACACGGCUUCCCCGUCCUCUCGGAGUCCAAUGCUGUGAGGGCACAAGGAUGCAACUCAGGGCAGCUCUGCUGUGGCACAAACCAAAGCCCGACACGAGGCUGUGACAAGGCCUGAGCUGUCGCCUGAAUGCCACCUCCGGUCUCCUACUUGCUGUCCCACCCUGGCUGAUGUCCCCACACGUGUGCUGAGCAGCUGUGCUGCUCUCGGCCUUCGGGAAGGGGGCUCUGAGUGCCGCGGUGGCCGCCAAGGUCCUUCAGUUCCCACUGAAGUUAGGGGGCACGUGCUGGGCAGGCAGAGGAAGUCUCCGAACGUAGUCGGCCCUCACGGUUUGCUCAAGCUCAUGCAAAUUUCAAGAAUUAAAAUAAAUUUGUUCCUUUGC